AUGGCCUUCUACACAAGGGAAGUGCCUUUGGCGGUCAUCACCGUGGUUAGUGCUUGUCUUUCUAUUUCUGGAGGAUUUGCACUCCUGCUCACAUACUAUAGGGUUCCAAAAUUCCGUACUUCUGUCACAAAUCUAUUGGUUUUUCUGACCAUUGCGGACAUCUUUACAGCCUCUGGUAACCUAAUGGGCACGGUUAAUUAUCUCCAACUGGACACGGAUCCGACAAACUCGACGGAUGUAACAUGUGUAGCACAGAGCUUCAUCACCACAUUCUCCAGUCUGUCUUCGUUUGCUUGGACGUCCAUUAUUGCAGUUCAUUUAUAUCUAUUGAUCCGGACACAGAGAAAUUUCGAAAGGAAUUUGAGUUUAAAAUAUUUCUAUCAUUUCAUGGGAUGGAUUGUGCCAGCCAUAAUCUGUCUACCUAUCCUGGCCUCGGGGAAGCUCGGUCGUGAUAACCAUGGGAAUCACACAGGAACGGGCCUGUGGUGCUGGAUCAAGAUAGACUACAGCGACGGCAACAUUCACUCCUCCGACAUUCUACUGAUGUUCGUCUCGGGGAAAUUCUGGGAGCUUCUGACUUACGUACUGUCGUUUUCAAUAUACAUGUUAUUGAAAAUUGAUACUUAUAUCAAGAGACAGAGAGACCAGACCUAUCACUGGAGUGAUGUAGAUGGCGCUGAUCUGAGAGACGGAGAUGAGCGAUUUUGUUUUAUGUGGCUUAUUUUGUAUUUACUCCGGUUUUGGGGAACAUUAAGCUUCUUCAUUGAAAUAUCUAACACAAAAUCGUGCGGUUUACAGAGAGUAGAUGAUAUUCUGAAAUAUUUUCACGGUGUCGGAGACAGUGCGCAGGCGCUGGGAAACUUUAUUUUAUUUUGUAUGUUAGACAAAAACAUCCGACAAAAGUAUCGUGACAAAAUGAGAGAAUGUUGGCACAGACGGCAUGGUUAUGAUGAAAUAUCGGGUCCAUAGAGAUCGAAUCAUAUCAAAGUGACAAAGUUUUCCUCAUAUAAACCUCCAUAUCAAGAUCCUUUCCCUACAUAUAUUGAUAAAACCUUUCAUUUUACAUUACUUUAGAAAAGAACUCGGAAGAAAAUAUCUAAAUAUAUAUUUCGAUUUAUUAAUAUUUCAUAAAAUUCAGAACAAACACAGCCUCGUUAAACAAGUGGCCUGUGGGCCACAACGAUCACCUUACACAUACAUCAUGAUUUGACCAUCAAUACACUUUAAAAUGAAAAACGCAUAGUGUAGCUCCACCCUAGCCCCACAUGUUAAAGAUAAAAGAAGUACAGCGCCUUUUCCCAUAAUCUCGCCGCCUCUUGUUAUGAAAUGGAAUAUCCCCGUUUCUAUAAAUAGAUUAACCUAGCACACUGGUUGGAUUGUAGGUUGAUACUACAAAAACUAAUCUUUGAAUUUUGUUCAGUUUGACAUACGUCUAUGAUGAAGCUUUGAUAUAAAACAUGUUAAAAAUUAAGGUAGGUAGUCGACCUAGUUUUUGAGAAAUAUGACGAUUUUAAUAACACCUUCAGUCUUUGUGUUAGAGUAGAGCAAAAUUUGAUGAAAAAGAAGGAAAGAGCAAUACACAAGAACAGCUAUACCAUUCUUAUAAAGAAUCAUAACUUGUCACACAUGGUUUCAAACAACUUUUGGAUAUAACUGUACAUGUAUAUUGCACAUCAAGUUCAAGUUCAACACCCAUUAUAAGCAUGUGACAGGAUUUACUUCAAUUUUAAAGACAGUAGCAAGGCGUCUUGCAAACUCGGGAUUUGGAUUAAACCAUCUACAUCUUGCUUUCAAAAGCGAUCUAGAUCAUGGCGUGAAUAGCUUUUUAGUAGAGCGUGGAUUUCAGGGAGGACUGUCUGUGCCAUCAAAAUGUUCUUUCAGGACGCUUCGCCAACAGGGGAAUAGAUAAUGUGAAUGCUGGUAUUGACAGACUCCGCUUGUUUUGUAAAUGAUUCUUGGUUGUUGUUUUUUUUUUAAACUAGAUAAAACAAAUCAGAAUUAAAUAAUAUAUUGCAUACAGGAAGGACUUUGUAAUGCGUGUUUGAAUUGUUGCGCACAUGAAUUGAAUGUAAUUGCGUGCAUUAGUUAUGUUAUAUCUAUGGAUAUCAUAUACAGUAAAUAAAACUUGAUUAUUAGGAAGUCACUUGGAGCUCCAAAUUAAAUGUUCUUUAAUUAUGU